GGUUUGACCAGCAUCUAUAUCAGAGAAGCUAGUCGAUAGUCGGGGACACGCCUUCAGCACAGUGACAGCGUUUGGGUGACUGCUCCCCUGCGCAGCGAAGGAGAGAAUGAUAAUAGUGGAUUUUGUUUUUACUUGUAGGUACAGCGCAGCAGUAGAAGGGAAGUCAAAACCCCAAAAGAUUUUGACAUGAAGAAGGACAUUGAAACAUUGAUAGCAGAGGAACGCGCUGAAAUCAUCUCGAAAUAUGACAAGGGCAGGCAGGAGGGUGUCAGCAUUAACCCAUGGGAGGAUGCAGACUACAGCAUCUAUAAGGUCACUGACCGCUUCGGCUUCCUGCAUGAGGAAGAGCUGCCUACGCCCAGUGCGCUUGAAGAGAAGCAAAAGCAGCAGGAGAUAGAGCGAGUGGAGAAAUGGCUAAAGAUGGUGAAGAACUGGGACAAGUACAGGAACAGUGAAAAGUUGGUGAAGCGUGUGUACAAAGGCAUCCCUCUGCAGCUGAGAGGCCAGGCCUGGGCCUUGCUUUUGGACAUAGAGAAAGUCAAACAAGAUAACGUGGGAAAAUACGAGAAAAUGAAGCGGCAGGCUCGUAGCUACUCCACGGAGAUCAAACAGAUAGACUUAGAUGUCAACAGAACAUUCAGGAACCACAUCAUGUUCAUGGACCGCUUCGGAGUCAAGCAGCAGGCACUGUUUCACGUACUGGCAGCUUACUCUGUCUACAACACGGAGGUGAGCUACUGCCAGGGGAUGAGUCAGAUUGCUGCCAUCUUGCUCAUGUACCUGAAUGAGGAAGAUGCCUUCUGGGCUCUGUCCCAGCUCCUCACCAACAGCAAGCAUGCCAUGCAUGGGUUCUUCAUCCCGGGAUUUCCCAAGCUGCAUCGUUUCCAGGCCCACCAUGAGCUGAUCCUCUCCAAAAUGCUGCCAAAGCUGAAGAAACACCUGGACAAGGAGCAGAUGACAACAGGGAUUUACACCACCAAAUGGUUUCUGCAGUGCUUCAUUGACAGAACCCCUUUUACCCUCACCCUGCGUUUAUGGGACAUCUACGUAUUGGAGGGAGAGAAGAUGCUAAAUGCCAUGGCUUAUACAACCUUCAAGUUGCACAAGAAGCGCCUGCAGAAGCUUCAGUUAGAGGACCUGAGGGAGUUUCUCCAGGAGCAGCUGGCUGUUUCUUUCUUCCUGCCUGAUGAUGUGGUGGUUGAACAGUUACAGGCUGCUAUGUCUGAGCUUCGCAGUAAAAAGCUAGACCAACCUCCUCCAGCCAAGUCAGAGGAGCUGCCAAAGAAACCUCUGGGUCAAGAGAGACCAGUUCUCCUUCUGCCUCUGCAGCCUGACACUCCUCUUGAGGUCAAAAUAAAUCUGCAGCCCCACAGCCAACCCAAUACAGAGGCCCAGCAAAAAGACAGCAUCACCCUACAUCAGACCCCUUCUCCUUCUGAGCCCCAGGACUCGAGAACACCUCUUUUGCCUUCACCUGACCCAGUUGUAGUACACACACAAAGAACACCUUCUCCUUUUAGGCCUUGUAGAGCACCUCCGUUGCCACCAAAAGCAGACAAACCCUGUGCCAAAGUUGGGUCGGACAGUGGUGCAGAGGUUAGCCAGACAGAAGAUAGGGGGGAACAGGAGAGCCAGCCUGUAGACCAAGAGACCCAGGACGAGUUUGUAGAUUGGCCUCCGCCCUAUGAGCCCCCUUUGGAUGCUUUUACCAUGCAGACUGAGGAGGAGAUCAUAGACCUUCCAAAUCUGCCACCUCCGCCUCUAUUUUACACUGAGCAGAAUGGCCAAAGGCCCCCGGACAGUGAAUCACCCUGCCUUGGGACCAGGACCCAAAGUCGGUCUCCUUCACCCCGCUCAGCCUCACCACUGGUCACUCAAAUGAAGCCAUCUCCAAAACCAUGCCUGGAACCGCCCGCGUCUCUUGACCUCACACAGAAAAAACCUCCUCCCUCAAAGCCCUCCUCUCCCCAUGCCUUCACUGCACACUCCUCCUCUCCCAGACUUCCUCCUCCAAAGCCAACCAAGUUCCCAGUCUCUCUCUACGUUCCGGUGCCCGCGGAAGACAGACGACCUUCCAACACCUCCCAGUAUGACAACCUUUCUGAGGCUGAUGAAGACGACCGCUACCUGGAGAGGCUGCUGGGCCCCACGCCUGAGGAAAUUCCCAGCAUGCACGGCAAUCCUCCACAUACCAUUGGCAGAGACUAUGACCCUGCUCUCUACCCUGUGCCUCCACCUCCUGUGUUCAUCCCUCCUUCGCCUUCUCCUAUUCCUCCCUUGCUGUGUGCUCUCCCCAGUUUGCCUCAGGAGUCAGAUUAUGAAGGAGAGUACAGCUGGGUGGAGGACUCCAUCAUCCCCCCUCCGCCACCUAGUUUUGCUGACAGACUCAGUCCCUUCCAGUGUAGUGCUGCCAGCUGUUCAGGCACACAGAGAGCCACCUCGCCUGGUUACUCUAAGCCUUUCUCCAGGGGCCCCAGGGACCAUUCUGCCUUCCCAGCACCACUGUUGUACACCGGGUCUCCCCCAGGCCACUCCAGGCCAUCAGUACAGUCGGCAGCAGGGGUGCCCUUGGUCCGAUCUAGCCCAGACUUUUGCAGUAUGCCUCCAAGUGGACAGCAACUGCCCAAAUCAGUGACCUUUUGAAGUUUCUAAGUAACAUUCAAGUGUUACUGAUUAUCCCAAUAUGAUUCAGACUCUCUGUUGAGACGUGAUUACUUUUCAAAGACAUUUAUGAGCUGAAAGGCCAGUAUCUAUCCAGUGUGUCAAAGGUUGGUGUGUAUGUGUGCACGUGCGUGUGUGAAAGGACUUUUUUUCAUUGCUAUGUACAGAUUUCUGUGAUACUUGCACCUUUUUUGUAAGGGCAGUUAACUUUUUUAAAGUGUCAAACUUGUAUUUAAAACUGCUGCCUGUGCUACUGUUUGCUGCACAAAAAGUGAGUGUAUUAACUCGCCUGCUCUUGUUAGUGCGUGAGAUCAGUUUUGGUUUUUCAUCUGAUGAAAAUUUAAAAAAAGAAAUGAGGUCAUCUAAUACUAGCUGUGUGUUUCACCAUCACUUCAUCUCUAGUAAGUUUCUGUUUGUUCCAACAAAGUGUCUUUACCUGUCCGCAGAGCACUGAGGGUAGUGACUCUUAAAACAAGGGCUUUUGAGGCUGCAGAGUAAGGUUAUCUUCACUGAAGCACCCAAAGCCUAAACGUUUAAAACAGCAUUUAUGGUAAACUGUGAGCAGGCUCACACAUCUUAACAGUAUGUCAAACUGCAAUGAGUAACUGUUAAUGUAACAGUUUUUUUUACUGUAUCUUUAGGUCAAUACUUGACUACAAAGGACCACUAAACCAGCAAACUCUUAAGAGAAGCUGAAUUUGUUACCACUAGCGACAGAAAAAAAAAACGUGGUGCAAUAUGUCACUGGUGUAAAUACUGAAGCUAGUAUAAUACAUUUUUUCCCCAGAUAGGUAGCAGUGGGUACUCAGCUGCUUUUUUUAUGUUUGAAAUUGGUUUGUUAGGAUGCUGUCAAUUUCAAAGAAAAGG